UUCAUCCUUUGUUCAAGAACAUAAUCUUAAACAAUAUGAAGGUCUUAUUAAUCAUCGCCACUUUAAUUGCAGCCGUUGCUGCUGACCAAACACCCUAUUAUCAGCAGCCAAGCUACUAUCCCGAAUACAAGCCGGAGUACAAGCCCGAAUACAAGCCGGAGUACAAGCCGGAGUAUAAGCCGGAAUACAAGCCCGAAUACAAGCCGGAGUACAAACCAGAGUACAAGCCGGAAUAUCCAACUCAAAAGCCGUACUAUGCAGAACCAGCUUACAAGCCCACUUACCCAGAGUAUAAGCCAGCUUAUACCGAACACAAACCGGUUUACCAUGAACCAACGUAUGCCCACCCGGCCCCAGCCUACAAACCCGCAUACAAACCUGCGUAUCCGGAAUACAAACCGACUUACUCAUCUCCACCACAGUAUCAUCCUUCCUACGCCCCAACAUAUCCAAUCAAAUAUUAAAACAAUUGCGUCUUCCAUACAGCUCAUGAUUUAAAUUUGUCUGAGAUGAAUUUUACUUGAUGUUUUUAUCGGUUUUAAUAAAUUUUUUGUCUCUGAA